GUGCUGGUUCUCAACACACAAUGUCUAAUACAGGUGCUGGUUCUCAACACACAAUGUCUAAUACAGGGGCUGGUUCUCACACAUGUCUAAUAAUGCUGGUUCUAAUACAGGUGCUGGUUCUCAACACACAAUGUCUAAUACAGGUGCUGGUUCUCAACACACAAUGUCUAAUACAG